CCUCUUUUUUUCCUCCUCCUCCUCCUCCUCCUUCACCAGCAGCAAAAGCAGCAGCAGGAGCAGCAGCAGCAUCCGCCGCGCCGCGCCAACCGAUUUGUCUCGAGCCCUCCGGGAUCGCACCACAAAGCGGGCCCCGCGCCUCUCCCUCCACCUCGAGCUCCUCGGGCACUCGGCUCCGCGGCCAACUUCCCCCUCGGCCCCGGCUGGGCCGCCCGGUGCGGAAGGCGCGGCCGAACGCCGGCGGGUCCGUGGGCGCUCCCCGCGCUCGCACACUUCACCUCCGCGUCCGGCCUCUGGGGGCCGUGCAGGGAUUUCGGGCCACCAGCAAUUGUCCGGAAAUAAUGCAAAAGGUGUCCCAAGGCUCCUGACCAGUGAACAGAGAGUUGAGAAAAAAGCCAAGCUCAUGUUUUCUCCUGAUCAAGAAAAUCAUCCAUCCAAAGCACCAGUAAAAUAUGGUGAACUCAUUGUCUUAGGGUAUAAUGGGUCUCUCCCAAAUGGAGACAGAGGAAGAAGGAAAAGUAGAUUUGCUUUAUUUAAAAGACCUAAGGCAAAUGGGGUGAAGCCCAGCACUGUGCAUAUUGCUUGUACUCCUCAGGCUGCAAAGGCAAUAAGCAACAAGGACCAGCAUAGCAUAUCAUACACCUUAUCUCGUGCCCAGACAGUGGUGGUUGAAUAUACUCAUGACAGCAACACUGAUAUGUUUCAGAUUGGUCGAUCCACUGAAAGUCCAAUUGAUUUUGUAGUAACUGACACAGUUCCUGGAAGUCAGACUAAUUCAGAUACACAAUCCGUGCAAAGUACUAUAUCGAGAUUUGCCUGUAGAAUCAUAUGUGAACGGAAUCCCCCAUUUACAGCACGAAUUUAUGCUGCAGGAUUUGACUCGUCCAAAAACAUCUUUCUUGGGGAAAAGGCUGCCAAAUGGAAGACAUCAGAUGGGCAGAUGGAUGGCUUAACCACUAAUGGUGUUCUUGUUAUGCAUCCCCGCAAUGGGUUCACAGAAGACUCCAAGCCUGGGAUAUGGAGAGAAAUAUCUGUAUGUGGAAAUGUAUUCAGUCUGCGUGAAACCAGAUCAGCUCAACAGAGAGGAAAAAUGGUGGAGAUUGAAACCAAUCAGUUACAAGAUGGCUCAUUAAUUGACCUGUGUGGUGCAACUUUGCUGUGGCGUACAGCAGAAGGCCUUUCCCACACUCCUACAGUGAAGCAUCUAGAAGCUUUAAGACAGGAAAUCAAUGCAGCAAGACCUCAGUGCCCUGUAGGGUUCAACACACUAGCAUUUCCUAGUAUGAAGAGGAAAGAUGUUGUUGAUGAAAAGCAACCAUGGGUAUAUUUAAACUGCGGCCAUGUGCAUGGCUAUCAUAACUGGGGAAACAAAGAAGAACGUGAUGGAAAAGAUCGUGAAUGCCCUAUGUGUAGGUCUGUUGGUCCUUAUGUCCCUCUGUGGCUUGGAUGCGAAGCUGGAUUUUAUGUGGACGCCGGCCCUCCCACCCAUGCAUUCAGCCCUUGUGGGCAUGUAUGUUCCGAAAAGACAACUGCCUAUUGGUCCCAGAUCCCGCUUCCUCAUGGUACUCACACUUUCCAUGCAGCCUGUCCCUUUUGCGCACAUCAGUUGGCUGGUGAACAAGGCUACAUCAGACUUAUUUUCCAAGGACCUCUAGACUAACAGACAGUUGUCCUCCAGGACUGCGGUAUACGUUUAUAAGCUAAGCAAGUUGGGGUUUCCAACCUGUUGUCCACAUCACAGUUUCUCUGCUUUGGUCAUUUGCAUUAAGAUGAAGAAUUUUUUAAACCUUUAUAAUAGCAGUUUAUGAGAAAAAAUCUGGGAAACUCAAGCAAAAGAAUUUCCGAAAGUAACCAGACUUCUGAAUUUUUGAGUGUGGAAGAUAUAUUUUGAGGAAAAAAAGACAGUCUAAUUUGAUGCCUUCAUUUUAGUGUUUUGAAUCACCCAUCCUCAGUGCUGAAAAUUGUUUUGUAUAACUGAGGGUACUGUUGGUUCAAACUAUGUUAGUUUACAGUUCGUUGCAAACGUUGUAAAAUACGCAACAUGUAUAUUUACUUUUUUUCUAUUUAUCUUUAUUAUAGGAGAUAUCUUAGAAUGUUUUUGAUAGAGUAGCAUGGUAACAAUGGUGUCACACUUUUAGUGUGAAUGGUAGUUUAGCAAGCAUAACUCAAGGAUUUUCAAAGUAGGAAGAAGGACAAGAGAGCUCUCCCCACCCCCCAUUUCAAUAUGGAAUUUGAUAAACUAGAAUAUUUAUAAAACCAAAUUCAUAUUCUCAUUGUGUAAAAGGUAUUUGUUUUUAACCACAUUGAAGAUAACCAGGAAAGAUUUUUUUCCUUGAUGUUUCAAUUGUAGUACUAUAACAAAAAUUUAAUGUUAAGAAAUAUUUUAUAUGCUCCUUUGAAUAUGCAAUUUAAUCCAGAUUAUCUAUUUUUCUCCCAUGAUAACGAAUCUGUUUUUAGUAUCAGCAACAUUUGGCAAGUUUAUUUUUUAGAUAUAAACUGUGGUUCAUCUGUUCACUGUUUCUAGAAAAAAAAAAUUUCCCAGGAGGAAAAGCAUAAAUUAACAAGAAAAAAGAAUGGAUUGACUUGCUUUUAGAAAAAGAAAUGACUAUUCUCUAUUUGUCCUUACCCAGGCAUUAGGAAAUUAGAUGUAAUGGGUUGAAUGACAUUAGUGCCCCCCUUUUUAAUCUAACAGACCAGCCUUAAUUGUGGAAUUGAGUUCUAUAGAGUUGCCACAGAGUGACUCAGAGGAAUGUUUGGUUGGCUGAUAAGCACCAGAGACUGCGGAGUAGAGGAACAUACUUGUAUGGUCUGUUUAUUCCUAAUACUAGUAAGAUAUUUGCCUUCAGAAGCAAGAAACUUUGUCUCUCCUCCUUGCCCCUUUUUCUAAUGUACCACAAAGUAUAGACAGUUGCACUACAUCAAACCCUUUGUGACACUUGUAGAAAUAAAUACACUUUUAGAGUAGACAGAAUUAUUUUUUGAUCUUUGUUUUCCUUUAGCUCAAAAAAUUAUAUAAUAAUUGUCUAGAAAAUUUUUUACGUGGUAGCAUAGCUUUAAUUUAUCCAAUUACAAUGCUGUUCUGAAGUUUCUUUUGAUUUAAUAACAAAACAAAAAAACUUGUUCCUUAGAAGCCAUGAACCUUUUUUAUUUUACUUCAACUUGUCAAAAUUUCCUUGUUUUUAAAAAUGAUCAUUUGGGUUCACUCAGGAAAUGCAUGUCAGGAAACUUGUAUUAUAAGUUUACUAGUUGUGAUGUAUCAGUAAAUACUGUUACCCCUUUUUCAAAGAUGUAUAAUUGAUUUUAAAGUUUUCUAGAUUGUCACAUGUUUUGUGACUAAUGCAAGGAAAUCAAGUCCUGUGUUGUAUUUGUUCUAGUCAUUUCUAUUCAAGCUAUAUAUUGUAGCUGAUUUUUAUUUGCAAUUAAUUUAUUCAAACUAAAAUACUUUUCAAAAUAGAAA